AAGGCCUCGGGUCGCCGGAGGUGGUGGGAGUUCAGAAGUUUUGGGAGCCACGACUUGAGAGAGGUCAAGGGUCAGUGCAGAGCCAGGGAGGAGAUGGUGAAGCAGACGAUCCAGAUUUUCGCGAGGGUGAAGCCCCCUGUCCGGAAGCAGCAACAAGGGAUUUAUUCCAUAGAUGAAGACGAAAAAUUAACAUCUAGCUUGGAAAUUAUCUUACCACGUGAUUUGGCAGAUGGAUUUGUGAAUAAUAAGCGAGAAAGCUACAACUUUAAAUUUCAAAGAAUUUUUGAUCAGGAUGCAAACCAAGAGACCAUUUUUGAAAACAUUGCCAAACCAGUUGCUGAAAGUGUCCUGGCAGGUUACAAUGGUACCAUCUUUGCAUAUGGGCAAACCGGCAGCGGGAAGACAUUCACUAUCACAGGUGGGGCAGAGCGUUACAGCGACAGAGGCAUUAUCCCACGGACAUUGUCAUACAUUUUUGAGCAGUUACAAAAGGACAGCAGCAAAAUAUAUACAACACACAUUUCCUAUUUGGAAAUCUACAAUGAAUGUGGUUAUGAUCUAUUGGAUCCAAGACAUGAAGCCUCAAGUUUGGAAGAUUUGCCGAAAGUGACAAUAUUGGAGGACCCUGAACAGAACAUUCACCUAAGAAACCUGUCUCUUCAUCAGGCAACCACAGAGGAAGAAGCUCUAAAUUUGCUAUUUUUAGGAGACACCAACAGAAUGAUUGCAGAGACUCCUAUGAACCAAGCUUCAACCCGUUCCCACUGCAUUUUCACUAUUCAUUUGUCAAGCAAGGAACCAGGAUCUGCAACUGUACGACAUGCCAAACUCCAUUUGGUUGACCUGGCUGGUUCAGAGCGAGUUGCAAAGACUGGAAUAGGGGGCCAGCUUCUCACAGAGGCCAAGUAUAUCAACUUGUCACUGCAUUACUUAGAACAGGUGAUCAUUGCCCUUUCAGAAAAACACCGUUCACACAUUCCUUAUAGGAACUCCAUGAUGACCAGUGUCUUAAGAGACAGUUUGGGAGGGAACUGCAUGACAACUAUGAUUGCAACACUCUCACUAGAGAAAAGGAAUAUUGACGAGUCUAUAUCGACGUGUAGAUUUGCACAACGAGUGGCGCUAAUAAAGAAUGAAGCUGUUCUUAAUGAAGAAAUCGAUCCCAGAUUGAUGAUCAUCCGUCUACAAAAGGAAAUCCAGGAGCUGAAGGAUGAACUGGCCAUUGUCACUGGGGAGCGGAGGACAGAGGCACUCACAGAAGCAGAGCUCCUUCAGCUGGAAAAGUUAAUAACAUCCUUUUUAGAAGACCAGGAUCCAGAGAGUAGACUAGAGGUUGGUGCCGAUAUGCGUAAAAUUCAUCACUGUUUUCAUCAUUUAAAGAAACUAUUGAAUGAGAAGAAGAUCCUUGGAAAUAGUAUAGUCUCCUCUGAAAGCAAAGACCAAGAUUGCCAAGAACCAUUAAAAGAGGAAGAAUAUAAAAAGCUACGAGACAUUCUAAAGCAGAGAGAUAAUGAAAUCAAUAUUCUGGUCAACAUGUUAAAAAAGGAAAAGAAGAAAGCUCAGGAUGCUCUCCACUCAUCCAGCAUGGAUAGAAGUGAAUUCAGACGCUCCCAGAACUCACCCUUCCCAUCUGGGAACCCAGAAGAAGGUCAGAGAAGGUUGCUGUCCUCAGCUUCCACACAAGCCCAGGACUUUAGCACUUCAGGGUACAGAUCCAGCUUGCUCCACAAUAAAACAGGAAUGAGAGAGGAAAUGUCACUAGGACACCAGGAGGCUUUUGAAAUCUUCAGGAGGGACCAUGCUGACAGCAUUACCAUCGAUGACAACAAGCAGAUUCUGAAACAGAGAUUUUCUGAAGCAAAAGCCCUGGGAGAAAGUAUAAAUGAAGCAAGACGUAAAAUCGGUCACCUGAAGGAGGAAAUCACCCAGCAUCACAUACAGCAAGUAGCCCUAGGGAUCUCAGAAAAUAUGGCCGUGCCCUCGAUGCCAGACCUGCAGGAAGAGAGGCUGCGAUCACAACUGGAGGAAGAAAAGAGAAGGUAUAAAACGAUGUUCACAUGCCUGAAAGCCCUGAAGGUGGAGAUCGAGCACUUGCAGCUGCUCAUGGACAAAGCCAAGGUGAAGCUACAGAAAGAGUUUGAAGCAUGGUGGGCAGAGGAGGCCAGCAACCUGCAGGUAAAACCUCCAGCAGUGAAUUCACUGAAUCACAUGAAGCCAUUUCCCCAGACAUCGGAAUCCCAGCAUGACCAGUCCCAGUUUCUAUUUAACAAAAGUGAUGUGUAUGCCAGGAAAAUCCUGCCCUCACCUUGCCCCAGCCCACGCAGCCAGGAGCAGAGUCGCACCAGCACCCCCCUGGGAAACAGCACCCCCGAGAGGCCGAUGUCCUCCGUCCCUCUCACCGGUGACAGCCAGACGGACUCUGACAUCCUGGCAUUCAUCAAGGCCAGACAGAACGUUCUGCAGAAGAAAUGUUUGGGAAGCAAUUGACUUUCCAGUAAGGGUCCAGCCGUGCAUGUGUCAGCAAGAUCGAAGUACAGACGAAGGCACCGCCCCUCACUUCCUCUGGCUUCCAAAGUGAUCUAUGGCCUGCUGGGAGCAUCUGAUGACUUUAACUCCAAUGGAGGGGGCUGUGUGUCCUUAAGGGUGGUGCCUGGAGACCGCCAGAGAGGCUGAGGCCAGGGCUGAUGGUGACAUCUUUCCUGUGGCUGCUGGAGCUCCUGAGAGGGCUGGGCAAUGCCAGGGUGCUUAGGGGCAUGAUGAGGGCUUCAGGUCACUAUUACGGUGAUGCUCACAUAGAUAAUUAUACAGUUUGGAGAUUAGGAAAUAGUACCAUCAUGAUAUAGUGUCGGGGGGAGCUCACACUGGUGGAAUGUGGGGGGAAUAAUAAUAGGUUAUUUUAGGCUAUUUACUGCCUGUUCUCUUGGCCCACCCUGUGGUUCAGAGGCCCAAGAAUGGCAGUGGCAGGCCGGGCAGGAUGUCUGAGCCACAGGCAAAGCAGUGGAAUGCAGGACAUCUUGAAGGCUACUCUCAGUCUCCCAGGCCAAAUCCUCCCCCAUCAGCCUCAUGGCCUGCAUCAGCUGUAGGCAGUACCUGAGUGACCGUGUCUCCAUGGAGCCGUCCACCAUGCAGAGUAUAAGGAUAUCGCAGCAUCCAGAGAAUAGUGGACAGUGGACAGCACUCAGGAGCUCUGCAGAAAGCUUGAGAGAGGGCAGCAUGGGCCCCUCGGGGCUUGCAACCUUUACAUAGCCACGUGGGGGCCUUGCAGGAUUUGGGCCAACACUCCCCACUCCCACAGAAGAAACGCAGCUGCCCAGGGGUCUUGUCUCAGUGGUGCUGUCAACGCUCCGGGCACUGGCUCAGUGACACAGAUCCAAGGGAAGGGGGGGCCUGCACUCGAGGAAGCCCUAGGAGAACUGUCUUCUGGGUCAGGGGGUUCGAACCCUCCCCAAGCUGGGGAGGAGCAGUGGAGGGAGGCAGGGGAUGGCACCUGGGAAUGACACUAACUGAAUAAAAGUGCUUGUCCACUGCUCCUGCUAUCUCUGUCCUAUAAAUACAGGACCU